ACCUCAAAAUGUCGGCACUCGCACGUUGUGCCCGGUACUCCAAGCAUUUUAACCGUUCAUUUCAAAGUUACUGUAGAAACACAGCAAAGAGCUACCUUAAUCGACAGGAACAUUUGUUUGGCAAGUUGCAAGCUCCAUAUUCACGAAGGCUUGGAGUGACCAAGAGGUUAUAUACCGUAUUAAGUGGAGAAAAUAAUGCUGUCAAUUAUGAUGAAGUGAAUACCAAAGAGGAAACAAACCUAGACGCACAAAAUGAAAAUGCCAGCAGAAGGAGAGUUUUGAAGUACUCUGAAAACUACCCAGCAAGCAAUUUCUGGAAGAAUUAUGAUUUCAGCGUCAAAGAAAGAGAUCUGAAUUUUACAAGUUCUUGCAGGAAGAUAUAUCAUGACAUCUUUACUAAAAAAUUUGUGACAAUCGAAAGAUUCCAUGAAUUAAUGGCCAUCGCUGAGCAGCAAGAUACAUUUACAGAGGAUGAGAUGUUGCUAUUAUUUAGUUCUCUAGGAAGGGAAAAUAAAGAUAUAACAGAAGCAAUGAGAAAUAAGUGGACAGAAUAUCUCAUUGAACGGUUUCACUCAUUAAAUAUACCAUUAGAUGUAUCUCAUUACAAUGAGGCAUUGAGGAAUUAUCUUAUUGGCAAUCAUAGAUUUUCACCGGUGAAAUUUUUGUCCGAAAUGGAAAAACAUGGAGUCACUCCAAAUGUUGUUACCCUAUCAAGAGUUGUAUCUGCAUAUUGUAGAAUGGGAGAUGUAAAGUCAGCUGGUCAAAUUUUGGAGCACAUGCGCAAAGCAAAAUUUGUAGUUAAUGAAUACAUAUACAGACAUUUGAUCAAAGGAAAUUUUUUGGCAGGGAAUGGAGAGACUGCUAUGAAACUUUUUGACAGCUGCAAAGAUUUGGGAUUUGCACAAGACUCAAAAAUGUAUGAAACUGUGAUCACAGGAUAUGCCAUGCUUGGAGAUUUAGAUGGAGUGAAGGAGAUGCUGGAUAGAGCAAAAACCGACAUGGUCCUUCUGCCCAAUUUAACAGGUACAGUUCUACAAGCUUUGGUACAAGAUAUAGGCAAACCAAGGCACCAAGAAAUCAUUGAUUAUUUUACAUCAGAAAUACCAGAGUCUGGAAAGUGGGAACAUACCAUAGUAAAAACAAUAAAGUUACUUAUGGAGAGUGGUCAUCAUGACUUGGCAUUCAACUAUUUUUCCAAAGUACCCGGUACAUGUAGAGAUCUGAUCAAGGCAGCACUUAAUGUACAAUUGGGAACAGCAGAUGUAGUCAAAUAUAUAGAAAUGAUGAAAAGACUUGGUUUGAAGGAAGCAUCUUUCUCUUAUUACUUCACCACUGCUAUCGAGAAAUUUCAAUAUGAAUCAGCAAUUGCAAUUCUUCCUCAUGUAGUAGCUGAGAGAUCUAUGCGCUCAGAAUUCAUUUUGCCACUGGUCAGAUAUCACUGUAUAAUGAAGAACCCAAAAGGAAUAGAGGAAUUAGUGCCGUUUGUGCAGAACAAUGAUUAUACAUCUGUUAUAAAUUGGCUAGAACCAAAUUUAAGACAGUUUGGAAGAAACAUAGAUGACAUUGGAAGGCUUCUAAAGAACUCUUCAAAUUUUAAUGAAGGACAAAUAAAUGCAUUAAUGAUUUAUAUGAAGAAAAGGGGUAUCAACUGGAAAGAAUCGGCCGAAUAUGUUAGGUCCUGUGAACUGGUUGAAGAUAUCAAUGAUGGUAUGUACUGGUUAUUGACGCCACUAAUGACAACAGAAUUAAGAGAAGAGAACUGGCGGGAUAUCGCAGAGGUUGCCUGUCGUAUGAAGAAGAACGACACGACCAGCUUUCUUUGGAAUGUACAAAAAGUUGCAGAUCUUAAGGAACUGAAAGAUUAUGUUCUGGAAAAGGGUAUAUCUGGUCCAGAGAGGGCGUUCUCACGGGAUUUCAAAGAACUGUUUAGCCCAGAGGAAUUGGAAACAGUUGCAAAAAGGAGAUACACACAUGAUGAGCUUAGGGCAAUGAAUCUUUCUGAACUUUUGGAGGUUUAUGAAUUAAUGAAAGACUCCUUUGUGUACAAGAUUAUCUUAAUGAGGACAAGCUUUCAAAGCGAGGACUGGAAGACAUACAAGAAUGCAUUAAACUCAGUACAAUUUGGUCCAUCGAAAACAGAUAUGAAUAUAUUUACAGAAGUUGCUUACUACUAUGCAGUAGUUGAAGGUGACAUUCUUAAAAGCUGCGAGACUAUUGCAAUGAUGGACAA